UAGGUAUCGUUAGGUUUUUAUUUCUUCAUCUUUCUUGCCCGGAUAUAAGGAUGUUCAGCAUUUCGCCUCAUAAUGACUAGCUGUCAUUAAGUGCGAUCAUAUUUAAGCAGGAAACAGCUGCCUGCCUCGGUGAGUCUUGAUUCCUCCGGAUCCGAAGUGGGAGGGUUAUUAAAUCAAAAAUGCCAUGGCUCACAUCGUCGCCACGGACACUGAUGACACUUCGUGGGAGCGAGAGAGCGAGAGAGAGCGAGAGAGAGAGAGAGGACUGACAUUGCAGUAGCAUCGGGGACUCACCCUGCGACGGAGACGGUCACUCCACGGCCCCUAAAUGUAUUUGACUGUGCAAAGGCUGUGGACCCUCUGUCUUGUGAUUGCAUACAAACAACAAAUGACUUGAUAAACAUGGGAAACAAGCAGACUAUUUUUACAGACGAACAACUUGAUGCCUAUCAGGAUUGUACCUUUUUCACUCGCAAAGAAAUCUUGCGGUUGCACGGUAGAUACCAUGAAUUGGCUCCUCAUCUUGUACCAAUGGACUACACGAAAGACCCUGAUUGUAAAUUACCUUUAGCCUUGAUAGUCAACAUGCCAGAGUUAAAGGAAAAUCCAUUCCGUAACAGGAUUGUUGAGUCUUUCUCAGAGGAUGGGAUGGGGAAUCUCAGCUUCAAUGAAUUUGUGGAUAUGUUCUCAGUCCUCAGUGAAAUGGCUCCGCGGGAACUGAAGGCCAUAUACGCCUUCAAAAUAUACGAUUUCAAUGUGGAUAAUUACCUUUGCAAAGAGGAUCUGGAAAAAACUCUGAACAAGUUGACAAAGGAGGAGUUGACGGCAGAGGAGGUGCAGCUCGUGUGUGAGAAGGCCAUCGAAGAGGCUGAUUUGGAUGGAGACAAUAAACUCUCAUUUGCUGAUUUUGAAAAUAUGAUCUCAAGGGCUCCUGAUUUCUUAAGUACUUUCCACAUACGAAUCUGAGAGGGCUCCACGGGGAAGCUGAGCACUGUGCCUGUCUGCUACUCUAAAUCAUCCCGUCUGUCCUCUCCAGCUUCUGCUGCCCUCGCCUCUGCGACGUGUGCCCAGAUAGAGUGCAAAACACAGGAUGGAGUGGAAUUCUCAGGAUGUUGGAUGUUUCACUAGAUGAACCCAUUUGAUCACACAAUGUUAAAUCACCACCAAUGAAAGGGCUUGGCCUGGGUUGCUCUGUUGAAUGAAUGGACUCCUUGCAGAGAAAAUGAAACGAGACUGGCAAGAGCCUGACAAUGGAUUUUGGGCUUUAUGGCACAUCUAAUAAUGCAUAAAAAGUUAAUCUACCUAUAUUGCACAUGUCAUAAACCCAUUCCCAGUCUUCCUUGAUAUUCUGUAUCUAUUGAAUGACUUUAUAGCAUAUCAUUGAGGGCAUAAAUGAGUUAUAUGCACUAUUUGUAAAUGCAUGGUAAACGUCUGGCUCUUAUGCACUGUAUUGCUGUUUUGAUGUUAUGGUUAUGCUUGUGGAACUGUAACAUAAUGACAAUCAUAUUUUAAUUUUCUCCAGCUGAUUGAAGGGCUAGCUUCCAUAUUCUGCCUUGGCGAUUACCAUGAGGUGUUCCUUACAGCCCUUUUUUGAAUAGACAUUUUCAAGUUUUACAUGGAUUGCAUUAUUUUGAACAAAUGUCUUCUCUGUGGGUUUUGACUGCAUUGCUUUUGUAUCAAUGUCUUUUGGAGCAUUGUACACAUAAUAUGGCUAAUAUCUCCAGUAUCCGUGACCAUGGUAAUGUUUUCGGUUAUAAUCCUGUCUCUAUAAUCAGUGCUCCAACUUUGAGGAAGGAGGAGUGUGCACAAUAAAGACCAGGAGGUUGUGGAACCUGUGCAUUCUUUAUCAUACCAACUGUAAGCACAAUACGGUGAUUAAAAAAAAGCAGCCGCCUCAGCAUUCACAUGCAUGAGUACAUCCUGUGCACAUCUUAGCAGGAACACUUCCCCUACUAGAGUAAAUGGUGCUGCUUCUAUGCGCAGAUUUGCAUUGAGCACAUUUGAGCAUGGUACUGGAUGUUGUUAUGCGUAGUCCAUGCAUUCUGAAGAAUGUUCUUGCCCUGUAUCGGCUACUAAAAUAUGUUUCACCCUUGGAGGGAGUGCAGAGAUAGCAAAAUAAAAGCUGACCUGGAUAAUUGGUGCUGAGUCUGUCGGAUAAAGGUCAGUUACAGCGUGGAAACGGGGACACUCAUGGUAGUGUAAAAUAUAUAUUGUACAAAAGAUACAGAUAAACAUGGGGUUAGAUACCGUCAGUUUUAGAAGGCCCAAACAUCUGAGUGAGACUGCUAUUUUUCCUGCACACAACAUUAAACAGCCUCACAAUCUAAUAAGAUCCACUGUAUCAAAAAUUCAGUUUCUAACUAAAAUAGUAGAAACAGCUGUGAUGUAGUGCACUACACUGAAAACUACAACUGGUAAAUGAAUACGUCCUGCAGUGUUAAUCAAAACGGUGCAUUAUUAUCUUUGUAAAGGCAGAAUGUUUGACACCUAUUGGAUCACAUUACGUCGUCAGUGUACCUAAUUUUUUGGUUGCUGUAUAAUUUCCCCUUUAACCCAUAGACAUACUGUUGGUAAAAGGUUUUCCGUUUUAUUUCAUGCUUCAGCAUAUUA